CGCGUUUCUAUAUUAUGUUGUAUAAUAUUUUGCGUUAUUAUUAUUGUUAUCAAAACGCGUGUAAUUUUUUACGUAUUGUAGGUAACUGCGCAAAAAAUGGAAACCGCAUAACAGUAUUGUCGUUUUUACGGUCGCCGUCACAAUAACUCAGAUAAAUCAUAAUAUUUGUUGUGACUUUCCGGUGCAAAAUGGAUUGUAGUUCAAACGUUUCAAGAUACCAGUUCAACGGGUUCGUCGAUUAUACCGAAACCGAGUCAUUACAGAGGCAUCAAAAGCGAACCGUUGAAAAACAUGACCGUCGGUCAGAUGGUCGACAUAGCGGCCGAGGCUUACCCGAACAGAGAAGCUAUCGUCUCCAUACAUCAGAACCGGAGAAUCACCUUCCAUGAACUUAAACACGAGGUCGACGAGCUGGCAGCUGGACUCUUGGAGAUGGGCAUGAAACCGGGUGACCGACUUUGCAUCAUGGGAUCCAAUUCGGUGGAAUGGGAAAUCACUUUGUUAGCUGCCAUAAAAGCCGGCUUAAUAGCUGUGAACAUUAAUCCGUUGUACAUGAGUCGUGAACUCCACCAUUGUCUGGAGAAAGUCGAUGCUAAAAUGUUAAUCGCUUUUGAGAACAACCCGGCUCAAGAUUAUUAUCAAUUGUUGAAGAACAUUGUGCCAGAAAUCGAACAGCAACCACACGGUAAACCGGUGACCACCAGGCAUUUACCCCAUUUGGAAUUCAUCGUCAUGAACACCGAAACGAAUCUACCAGGGAUCAUCAAGUACUGGGACGUGUGCCAUUCGGGAACGACCAAAUCUGCCGCCCACCUGAAGAAGUUAACCCUCGAACUCAACCCACAUAAGAUAUGCAAUAUACAAUUUACUUCGGGAACGACUGGUACUCCGAAGGGAGCGUGUCUGACACAUUACAAUAUCGUGAACAAUUCAUACUUCUACUGUAAAAGAAUGCUGCUCAAACAAAAGGAACACCGAAUAUUGCUGCAAGUGCCGUUUUUCCACACUUUCGGUACCGUAGUCGGUGUCAUGGCGAGCUUAAACAGCGGAAGCACAUUGGUGUUGCCGACUCACGGUUAUAAGCCCAUCGAAUCGGCAAAGGCCAUUGUUAACGAAAAAUGUACUAUUUUAUACGGUACGCCGACAAUGUACGUCGACUUGCUGUGCGUUUCCAAAGAACUCAUACAGGAAGGAUAUACGUUUACCACACCGGAAGUGGCACUUUGCGCGGGAGCCUUGUGUUCUCCACAUUUGUUCAAACAAAUCAAAACGGUUUUCAAUCUCAAACGUCUGGUGUCGAUUUACGGGAUGACAGAAGCCAGUCCUAUUGUUUUUCUCUCUAACCCUGACGAAACCGAAGAUCAAAUGUGCUCUACCGUUGGCCAAGUGCUCGAUCAUUGCGAAGCCAAAGUGGUGGACAAAAACGGCGACGUCGUGCCAAUGGGUACCCCAGGAGAGGUUUGGUUCAAAGGCUACAACGUCAUGCCUGGUUACUGGAACGACGAAGAAAUGACCAAAAAGUCCAUCGUCGACGACGAGUGGCUUCGUUCGGGCGACAUAUUGAUAAUGAGCGAAGACGGAUACGGCGUGGUCACGGGCAGGAUAAAAGACAUCAUAAUUCGAGGUGGGGAAAACAUUCAACCCCAGUCGAUCGAGUACUUUCUGGAAACUCAUCCCGAAAUCGUCCAGGCUCAGGUAUUCGGCAUACCGGACGAAAGGCUCGGCGAAGUGGUUUGCGCCGCCGUGAAAACCGUAAAAAAUUCCAAGCUCGACGAAAACAGCAUAAAAAAUGUUUGCAACGGCAACAUAGCCAGGUUCAAAGUUCCCAACCACGUGAUGAUCGUGGACGACUUCCCAAAAACGGUUUCGGGUAAAAUUCAAAAGUUCAAACUCCGUGAAAUGAUGAUCGACCAUUUGAACGGAAAGCACAUAUUUUAGCACAUUAGUCGUUAACGCCAGUGUUAGGAAUAUAGCUAGUAGAUUUUUACUAGUAGUGUGCAAGAGCUUGGGGCUUUUGUUAGGAUUUCAGUCGAAUAAUUUUACUUUAUUUUUGAUUUGUCACAAAGCGCGUCCGUCGAACGAUUACAUUUCCAACAUAUUAUCAAGUCCACCGUAAACCGUAAAAAAUUCCAACAUUUUUUCUUUAUAUUAUAUACCAACAUUAACAUAAUAAUUAUUAGUAUUAUUAACGAGCGUAUUAUGCCACAAGCACGUCGUGUGAUCCAUUUAGUUUUGUUGUUGUUAAGUGAUUUUUAUUAGAAUAUAUAAUUUUAUGUUGGUAAAUAUAUGUAUUUUGUAAUAUUAUCUAUGUAUUACAAACGAUUGAUUAGAUAAUAAAAUCUCGUUUUUUA